UUAGAGGGUUGCUGUGAGUGUCUGCUCAAAGACCGAAAGAGAAGAAGGAGGAAAGAGGGAUUUCUUUUUCUUUAAACAAAAAAAAGAAAUACCAGUUUUUAGAAAACGUAGUCUUGCUGUUGUGGAUGAGUGAGGUCAUUUGAGUUUCCCUGCACAGGCUCUAUCUCUCAUCUCAUGCACGCCGAGGCGGCACCCCACAGCUGAGCCUCACCUGGACAGAUUGGCCAAAGGACUGUGUAGCCUGGACCUCACCUCGGGGAGCCAUGUGAGCGGCGCCCCCCCAUCCCCUGCUACCCACUUCACACGACACAUAUCCUCCUCACAAUCUGGAGCCUCCGGUUUCUAGGUUUGAGUGGAUCCCUGCGUGCAGGCAGGGGCACCCCAGGCUCAGCGCACCCCGGCGGGAGAAGCACUGCUCGGGGUGCGAGUGCCCCCUGGUCUGGAGGCCAGUCGGCAGUGCUCCAGCGCCAUGGAUUACCUGUUUGGGAUUGUAGUGGUGCUGUGCGGGGUGGCACAGCCCACGAAAGGAGUUGAGCCCAAAUACAACGUACCCAGGCUAAAGCUGUCCUACAAGGAGAUGUUAGAGUCCAGUAACCUCAUCACAUUUGACGGGUUGGCCAACAGCUCCAGUUACGACACCUUCCUAUUGGACGAGGAACGGGGGAGACUACUGGUCGGAGCUGAGGACCACGUCUUCUCAUUCGACCUCGUCAACAUCAACAGAGACUACAAGCAGAUUGCGUGGCCUGCCACCCCCUCCAAGAGGGACGAAUGCAAAUGGCAGGGAAGACCUUGGAGUAAGUCUUGUUCUAAUUUCAUCCGGGUUCUCCAACCGUACAACCAGACCCACCUGUACAUCUGUGGAACGGGGGCCUUCCACCCCAUCUGCACCUACCUGGAAAUGGGCAAGAGGGCGGAGGACAACAUCUUCCGACUGGCCUCACAUUACGAGAAUGGCCGGGGGAAAAGCCCCUACGACCCCAAAAUGCUGUCAGCUUCCUUCCUGAUCGAUGGCGAGCUGUACUCUGGCACAUCUGCUGAUUUCAUGGGGAGGGACUUUGCCACUUCCGAAACCCUGGGAGACCAUCAUCCAAUCAGAACAGAGCAGCAUGAUUCAAGAUGGCUGAAUGAUCCCAGGUUCAUAGGGGUGCACCUUAUCCCAGAGAGUGACAACCCUGAAGACGAUAAGAUCUUCCUGUUUUUCAAAGAGAAUGCCAUGGAUGGAGAGCACACUGGCAAAGCUACCAUCACCAGGAUAGGACAACUGUGUAAGAAUGACAUGGGGGGUCACAGAAGUCUUGUGAACAAAUGGACCACAUUCCUGAAGGCUCGCCUAAUAUGCUCAGUGCCAGGAGCAAAUGGCAUUGAUACACACUUUGAUGAACUACAGGAUGUUUUCCUCAUGAGCUCCAAGGACCCAAAGAAUCCGGUCAUCUAUGCUGUGUUCACAACAUCAAGCAAUAUUUUUAAGGGCUCAGCAGUGUGCAUGUACAACAGCGACAUCAGGAGGGUCUUCCUGGGACCCUACGCGCACAGAGACGGACCGAAUUACCAGUGGGUGCCCUUUCAAGGGCGGGUGCCCUACCCUCGCCCUGGCACUUGCCCUAGCAAGACGUUUGGAGGGUUUGACUCCACAAAGGACCUCCCCGAUGAUGUCAUCACCUUUGCCAGGGUCCACCCAGCCAUGUACAACCCGGUGCAUCCCAUCGGAGGGCGUCCGAUCAUGGUGCGGACAGAUGUGGAUUACCAGUUCUCACAGCUGGUAGUGGACAGGGUGGAAGCAGAGGACGGACAGUACGAUGUCAUGUUCAUUGGCACUGAUAUGGGCACAGUGCUGAAGGUGGUGACGAUUCCCAGAGAGAGCUGGCAUGACUUGGAAGAAGUGGUGCUGGAAGAGAUGACUGUAUUUCGGGAACCCACUCCCAUCACUGCGAUGGAGCUCUCCACCAAGCAGCAACAGUUGUACCUCGGCUCAGCUCUGGGUGUGUCGCAGAUGUCUUUACACCGCUGCGAGGUCUACGGGAAGGCUUGUGCAGAGUGCUGCCUAGCCCGGGAUCCGUACUGUGCCUGGGAUGGCACCGAGUGCUCGAGAUACUUUCCUACAGCCAAGAGGUGGGAACGCACACUCACCAAACAGAAUAACGUUUGUUUUACCACAGAGGGUUAUCGGAGCUGGUUGCUACUUUAUGGUCAUGCAGGCACACCUGGGAGUCAUCUAGCGCACCUGCGUAUGGCUGUUGGCUGCUGAGCAGCUUCAAUGCAGCAAUUGGAUUUAAAUGCUUUGCUCAAGGGCAUCACGAUAUACAGCUCUGACCUCUAGACCUGCGGAAAUGUACACGGAUGCCCAGCACAUGGCAAAAACAUUUAAACAUGGAAGUAAUCUCGAGUGCAUCUAUUAUACAGGCA